CGUCGAUGAAAACGCUUAUCUUUUUAUAGCUCAAAAAAGUUCUAAAUUCAAACAGUUUUUUUUAAAUCGCCAGUGCGUAUUAUAACAUUCUUGUAUAUUGGAUUUGAAAGUGGAAUUAUUUCAUCAGAGUAACAUUUCGCGCUCAUUCGGAUUUUAAAUCAACAGAUUAAUAAACGUGUGUAAACAAUUAAACUUCGUCUUUAUAAUCGUAUUUUUUUUUGUCUAUUGUGCUGUGGCCAGUGAGAUUGAAAUAGAAUCAAGUGCAUCGCUUACAUAAUUAGUGUUUGUAAAUAGUGCGGCCACAAUGGCGUUGCCGAUGUUGCGACAGUGCUGCGGCUGCGUUUCAUUAGAAAAAGGAUGUUUCUUACUCGGGAUUUUAUCCACACUAUCGUGCAUAGCAGCUAUUAUGGCUGGUUCUUGGAGUCUCCCACGACACAGGGAGAGGGAGCAGGAAGACAAUCUAAUAUCGAUGACGUUGGUCAUGUUUUCGACUCUGUCAGCUAUCAGUAACGUCGUGGUGUUAGUGGGAGUGGGAAUGAGACGACCAGGCUGCCUGCAGCUCUCAUUGCUGUUCAACUCCGUGUUCAUUCUGUGCAUCUUCCUCGUAGCGGUGGUCACAUGCCUGUUCAGUCCCGAACUCGCACCAUUUUUGGUUGAGCCCGGGAACAUCGCUUUAAUCGUGAUCAUGAUCAUUGCUGGUGCUGCGUACUCUGUAUACUAUCUCACGGUCGUGAACAGCGUGUACAGGAAGAUGAAAAUGAGUUAUAGCGAAACAGCGUUGCCGAUGUAAAAAGUUGCGCUGGAAGCGCUUGAAGACUGCAAGUAUCGUGAUUUGUGAUUAAAUACGCUUUCUCUUUAAUUUUACGCGUCGAUUUUUAUAGUCACUUUGUAUACUUUUACAUGUAUGAAUAAAGGAAUUUAGUUGUUUU